GAGAAAUAAGGGUAGGAAAAACGCUUGAAAAGGAAGUGGGAGUCAGGUUUACGUAUUUGGGGGGAAUUGGGGCUGGACACUCUAGAGAGAGAAACAAGAGAGAGAGAUAGUGGCACAAAUGAGAACCAAGGUAGGAAGAAGGGAGAUUUGGGACAACAAUUGGAAGGAGGCAAUGCCUGCUGCCGGUGCUGUUCUUGUUCGGGACGCCGGCAACGACCACCCCGACGCCUCUUUUGCUCUUCACCAACAGCAAGCUUCUGCCGCCGCUCAAGAGCAAGACCAUCAGGAGGAACCUCAAGCUACCCAAGAAGAUGGCGACGGCGACGGCGACGGCGAAGCUGAAGAGGACGCUGACGAUGAGGGAGGUGGCGACGGGGACGGUGAGGCUGGCGCUGAUGACGAAAAUAGAGAGCGUAACAAGCUUGAUGACGGCUUCUACGAAAUCGAAGCGAUUCGCCGGAAAAGGGUUCGAAAGGGUGAGCUCCAGUACCUCAUCAAAUGGCGCGGUUGGCCAGAGACUGCCAAUACAUGGGAACCCUUAGAUAAUCUCCAGUCAAUUGCUGAUGUUGUUGAGGCCUUUGAAGAAAGCUUGCGAACUGGAAGGCAUCGGAAGCGCAAGAGAAAGCAAGGGACUCCUCUUUCUCAACCCAAGAAGAGGCAGCAGCGCUCUAGUGAUCCUAUUCCUAUCUACAAUAUGACAGAUGUGGAAAUCGGCAUCGUGGAUAAAGCUCUGUCCUCCACUGCUCUCAACUGCUCGAAACUUGUUGGUCUUUCUCCCCCUCAACAGCCAGUGGUUUUAGCUCGUGACGGAGAGAAUGAUGGGCAUGUCAACAAUAUUGAAGCAACCAAGAAAGUUAAUGCUGAGAAUGGCUGUUCAAAUACUUCUCAACAAAAUGGUGGAAGGAGAGAGGAAAAUGAGGAUGAUCCAAAGCUUAGUGAGCUCAGAGCAACAACGUUUACUAAUGUUGUCAAUUGGGAUAAAGUUUCUGUACCUUUCCAAGAAGCAAAGGCUCCAGAAGUUAAUGGCCCUACAGAUGGUCUUUCCAAGGUUGAUUGUGCAGAACCAGUACAGAGCAAUCGCAGCACUGGAGCUAAGAGAAGGAAGUCCAGUUCUGUGAAGAGGUUUAAACAAGAGUCACAAGUGUCCGAACUGGGUGCUACACCAAAUGCAACAACCAGAGUCAGUGUUAGAUAUGGUGGUAGAGGUAGUCAAUCAGGGGCAGAAAAUCUUGACUAUGCUGGGGGAAAUUCAAGUCGCAGGAAUAAGAUUGAUGAAUCCAGAAAUGCAGUACGUAUCACCAAGAUAAUAAAGCCAAUAGGAUACUCAACUUCAGUGUCAAACGACGUCCAGGAUGUGUUAGUCACCUUUAAGGCAAUGAGGUCCGACGGAUCUGAAGUGAUAGUGGACAACAAGUCUCUCAAGGUUAAUCAUCCGCUUCUGUUGAUCGAUUUUUACGAGCAACAUCUCCGAUACAGUCCUACAUUUUAAUUCAAGGUGUAAAUGGAGGAUGCAACAUGAUAGCUAGAUCUGCAUCAUCUUUGUUGUCAGAUGUACACAGCGUCGGAAAUUCGGACUUGUCGGAGUUUGGAUGAAAGUGCAGGUUAACAAAUGUAGUUAAGUUUGGUGAACUCAGUCAGUGUACCUGUAGCUGAUGGGCUUGUUGCUCUCUUGUCUCUCUCCUUCAUUGACCACAGUAUUUACUGUAUUAGGUAAAGUGAGAUUUGUUGUACCCGGAUCCGCUUUAUUUUAUUUUAUUGGUCAAUAGUAUCUGGAUCUUUCUCGCUC